AUGUUUUACUUUUUUAUUCUUUUAUUAGUGGCCAGUGCACAAGCUAAGUUCUACACGGAUUGCGGUUCAAAAUUAGCCAGCGUACAAAAUGUGGGAGUCAGCGGCUGCGCAGAAGAUGCCACCACUUGCAUCUUGAAGAGAAACACAAAUGUUACUAUUAGCAUUGAUUUUACUCCUACCGUCUCCAUCUCUAGUGUCGAAACGGAGGCAGGAGAAAAGCAGGCUUACAAAGCAACUCUGCCUGUCCUUAAAUCAUACCCCAAGGUCACAGUGGACGUUAAAUGGGAGCUGAAGAAUGACGCUGGUGAUGACUUAGUCUGUGUCCUGAUACCGGCGCAUAUCAAGUGA